GUUUACCAUUCUUCCUGAACAAUUCAUUUUCUUCUUUGCGGAUGAGCUUUUCGCCUUCACCAUUGUUGCAAGCCGUCCGGGUAUCGCAUUUCCCUGCAGACCAAUCAGUAUCACCAUUUCUAUUUGUCUGAAUUUUACUUGAUGGAAAAGCUAAUCCUAAGUACUACCGCUUUUCCUAGCUUUCAAAGAAAACCCUCAUUACUUUCCACCUUGGUGCCUUCUGAUGCUACUGUAAAGCUGGCAGCAGCAACAAUUCCCAUCACAAGUACAAAAACUAAAUCCCCUUCCCAUUUUGGUCUUCUUUUGCAUAGGAGUUGCUGCGUUAAUCCUUACAAGGGCAAUAACGCUGUAGGCGUUCGGACCCUUCACCAUGAUCAUGAUGUUUACGACAGCAACGACAAAGAUGAUGCUGAAGUUGCUGGUGACCAUCAACUGCAAAAGGAGGAUUCUGCUAGCACUGAUUGGGAGGUGAAAUUUCUUGGGCAAAUGGGCCCUUUCCAGAACUUACCCUCUGAAAAGAGGAAAGAGCAACAGAAAUCCAGGUUGUUGCAAGAUACUGAUAAGAUGGAUUGGUGUGUGAGAGCUAGGAAGAUUGCCCUCAAAUCUAUUGAAAACAGGGGCUUGACUUCUGUCUUGAAAAAUUCUGUCAACGGUAAUAAGAAGAAGAGAAAGAAGAACAAAAAGAAAUCCAAGGUUGAGGAUGUUGUUAUUAAAGAACUGGACGAGGAUUCAGAUUUUGAUAUUCACGAGGGAGAUUUCAACAAUGUGGCUGAUCUGCAUUCUUCGGAUGAUACAAGUGACCUCAGGGAAAUGGCGAGUAUGAUGGCUGAUGGAAUGUUUCAAGAAAGAAAGGACAAAACCAUGGAAACAUUUAUUCAGAGGAUUUCUCAGUUUUCGGGGCCAUCUGAUCGUAGGAAAGAGAUUAAUUUGAAUAAACUCAUUGUUGAAGCACAGACUGCUGAGCAAGUAUUGGAAGUCACUGCUGAUAUGAUCAUGGCUGUUGUGAAAGGGCUUAGCCCUUCACCGCUUUCACCUUUGAAUAUUGCAACUGCGUUACACAGAAUUGCCAAAAACAUGGAGAAAGUGUCAAUGACAAGGGCUCGCAGAUUGGCUUUUGCUCGUCAUAAAGAGAUGUCCAUGCUUGUGGGAAUUGCAAUGACUGCAUUACCUGAAUGCUCUGCACAGGGAAUUUCAAAUAUUGCAUGGGCUUUGUCAAAGAUAGGUGGCGAGCUUCUGUAUCUCUCAGAAAUGGAUAAACUGGCAGAGGUAGCCUUGACCAAGGUUGGUGAGUUCAAUUCACAAAAUGUUGCCAACAUAGCUGGUGCUUUUGCCUCUAUGCGGCACUCUUCUCCAGAACUAUUUUCGGGUUUAGCCAGAAGAGCCUCAGAGAUAAUCGACUUAUUUCAACCACAAGAGAUCGCUCAAUUGUUGUGGGCUUUUGCUUCUCUCUUUGAGCCUGCCGACCUUUUGCUGGAUUCUUUGGAUCAUGUUUUCAAUAAUAUCAACCAAUUCAAGUAUUCCAUGGAUGUUGUAACUAAAAAUGCUAGUCUAGAAACAGGAAGGGAAGUUAAUGGAGAAGCCACAUCUGAAAGCAAUUUAUGCAGCCCUGUCCUGAGUUUUAAUAGGGAUCAGCUUGGGAAUAUAUCCUGGUCCUAUUCUGUUUUUGGACAGAUGGAACGUGUCUUCUUUAACCAUGUUUGGAGAACGCUAAGCCAGCUUGAGGAACAAAAGAUUUCUGAGCAAUACCGGGAGGGUGUAGUGUUUGCUUCUCAAAUUCAUCUUGUGAACCUAUGUCUGAAACAUGAAUUUCCACAUCUCCAGUUGUCUCUGAAGAGUGAUUUGGAGGAGAAAGUUGCUCGAGCAGGAAGAACCAAGAGAUUUAAUCAAAAGACCACUUCCUCAUUUCAGAUGGAGGUGGCACGUCUUCUUGUUAGCACAGGCCUAGAUUGGGUCAAAGAAUAUGAGAUGGAAGGGUAUACCUUGGAUGCAGUCUUGGUUGAUAUUAAAGUUGCACUUGAGAUUGAUGGUCCAACUCAUUUUUCAAGAAAUUCGGGUGUCCCACUCGGACAUACAAUGCUAAAACGCCGCUACAUUGCUGCUGCUGGUUGGAAGCUUGUGUCCGUGCCGCACGAAGAAUGGGAAGAACUUCAGGGCGAAUUCGAGCAUCUGGAUUACCUAAGAAGAAUCCUCGAUGAUCACAUUUGUAAAGAGAGAGAGCAUCACUCGGUCUGGUGAAUUGGGUUAAAGUGUGUUAAAAGGUUUCCCUGGUCGAGGACAAAUCAGUGUCACUCUUCACUUGAGUUAGCUGUUGCUGUUUCCGAGUACAGGUACAUAUGAAGAUACAAGCUCAAAGCCUGUUGUCCACGGGCUCCUGCUUUUGUUAAGGAUUAAAACGACUCGGAUGGAGGCCCGCCAUCCACCACCAUUUAAUCAGUAAUCACAGAAGAUUCUUGGGGCAGGAAAGUAUCUGAGUUUUUAUGCCAUGUAAAAGAAUCUUUUGCUUAGAACAAUCUUCAGAGGUAUCUCAUCGUGUUGAGGAACUUGGAAAUAACAUGAAAAGAGAAUGCAUGUGGAUACCGCCCUGCAAAUUACUUGGCAUCAUAAAGCAUGACACAGAAGAAUCGGCCAAACUUCAAGACGGCCAUGAUCAAAGCUGCAAACCAAGGAUGGACAAAUAUCCAAAUAGAGCUGGAAAGCAAGAAGCUGAUUAGCCAGCUACAUUCAAAGCUCAUGUCAUCAAGGAAGUCGACUAGCUACAAUCAUUGAAGACGUGCAGUCCCUUUGUACUUUGUUUUCACAGUGCUGCUCCUCCCCCAUUAACAUAGAUGAUAAGAAUGUUCAAACGAGCAAAUAUGCUCUCAACAUUUGGAGUGCUGAGGCACUCGAAUAGAUGAUGCUAGGGCCUUUGUCCUUUUUGCUCGGACCGUUGUCCAUAUACUGUACAUUUUGACAGGCAAUAUUAAUACAAGCUAUCGUUUCAAAUGCAAA